CAGAGUCUCCCCUCUGCCUGGAGUUCUGCCGUCAGUGAGUGCGCAUGUGUCGUAAAGCAGCCGGCCAUGGCCGCCUGGAGAAAACAACACACGCUUCUCUCCGUGUUUCAUGUCCGUGUGUUUUUGAAGUGAUUGAUUAUUAAACUGUAGGAGAGUGUGAGUGAGAUGUCGUCCUCUGUGGAGAAGCUCGUGUCGGACAUCUUUGAGGAGUUCUUGCUGAGCGCGGUGACCGAGGUCUGUCAGAGACUCAGAGUCCAUCCAGAGAGAGCCUCACAGACCGAGGAGCAGCUGCAGACUGCGAUCAGGACUCUAUGUGGGUCUCUGCUGCAGCAGCUGAGGAGGCUCCUGGAGGAGAAGCAGCCGCUGAGAGAGGACGAGCAGCAGGAGGAGAAAGAGACCCCGCAGGAACCCCCCCUCCCUGCAGCUGAGGGAGACACGCAGGUGGAGGUGAGUGUUCAACCCGACGCUCCUGGAGAUGAAUCCCCCCCCACAGAGGAGCCGCCUGCUGAGAGCAGCCGACGGACUUUCAGCUGCAGCGUCUGCAGCAGCACUUUCUCCAGACGCACCAACCUGAGCGCUCACCUGCGUGUCCACAGCAGAGAGCGGCCCUUCACCUGUCUCACCUGUGGAAAAGCCUUCUCUGCCCGGAGCAGCGUCAGAGUCCACCAGCUGACUGUGCACAACAAGCAGCGGCCCCACCGGUGCUCUCACUGUGGGAAGGUGUUCGGCACCCUCAGCCACCUCAAGACGCACCAGAUGUCCCGGCGGCGGUGGCCCGGCGGGUCAUUCAGGUGUUCAGCCUGUGGGAAGGUGCUGGCAGCGAGGUGCUGCCUCCCGGAGCACAGACUGAGCUGUCAGAAAGCUCAGGAGAGCUUCAGGUGUGCAGAGUGUGGGAAGGAGUUCUCUAAACACAGCCAGCUGUCUGCACACCGCCGAAUCCAUCAGAGGGACAAACCCUUCAAGUGUCCCACGUGUCAGAAAGGAUUUACUGCACAACACAGUGUCCAAGUCCACCAAAUGACUGUCCACAGAGGACUGAAGCCAUUUACCUGCAGCACCUGCAGAAAGACUUUCAGCCAGCAGAGCGGCCUCAGAGCUCACCUGAGGACUCACACAGGUGAGCGGCCGCACACCUGCGAGCAGUGUGGCAACAGUUUCUCCAGCAGCAGCAGCCUGUCAGUGCACCGCCGUGUCCACACUGGAGAGAAGGCCUUCAGCUGUGACACCUGUGGGAAGAGCUUCAGCAUGCCGGCUAACCUGCGGCGCCACCAGCUGAUCCACUCGGGCCUCCGGACGUUCAGCUGUGACGUGUGCGGACACAGCUUCACCCAGGCCAGCCACCUGAAGGUGCAUCGUCUGGUGCACAGCGGCGAGUGGACGUUUAUCUGCAAAGCCUGCGGGAAGGGCUUCAGACAGCGCAGCGCUCUGUUGGUGCACGAGCAGAGCCACACGGGCGUCAAACCGCACAGCUGCAGUGAGUGCGGAAAGAAUUUCUCCUCAUCAACGUCCCUGAAACGCCACCAGCUGAUCCACAGCGGGCAGAGAGUUCACACCUGUGAUAAGUGUGGGAAGAGCUUCCCCAGUGCCCAGAUCCUGAAGACUCAUCUGCAGCUGCACAGCAGUUACAAAGCGUUCUCCUGCGAUGUGUGCGGGCGCGGCUACAGCUCGCUCAGCUACCUGAAGGCGCACAGACGCAGCCACUCGGAGGGAAAGCCCUUCAGCUGUGCUCAGUGUCAGAAGACCUACUCCACGCAGGCCAGCAUGAAGCUGCACGAGCGCACACACAGCGGAGAGAAGCCGUUCAUCUGCGAGGUCUGCGGGAAGAGCUUCAGCGUGUCUCAAAACCUGGUCCGACACAAACGCGUCCACAGCGGAGAGAAGCCCUUUGAGUGCAGCGUGUGCGGGAAGAGGUUCAGCCAGAAGAACAACCUGAAGGCUCACCAGCUGAUCCACACCGGACAGAAACCCUUCAGCUGCUCCGCCUGCAGCCGGAGCUUCUCCUCCACACGGAGCCUGAAGGAGCACAAGUGUGUGGCCUCUGAAUGAACUUCCUCACAGAGACAGGACUCAGACUCAAGGAGGACUCACAUUAUGGAGCUCAGAGUGAAACAGAGGAGAGGAGGGGGAAAACAGGAUGUGGCUCUCACUCUCUCCUGGCUGACCUCAUCAGAUUCACAGACGUGUUUGUGUGUUUACAACAUAAAUGAAUGAAUUAAUACAACAGUGUCAAAGUGAA